ACUCUGUUGCUUAGACCAGGCUGCUGCAAGGAUGGGGCGCCUGGAAGUAGGAGGUGAAGAAAACCAGACAGAUGAAACGAAGAUGGAGCUGUUCACCAAGCUGUACUUGCCGAGAUACACCACACCGCUCAACGAAUUGGCUCUGGACCCUAAACCAGAACUGAAGGACAGCACAACGCUAGUUGAAGUGCAGAUAAUCCUCAUCUUCGCUUACUGCUCCAUCAUCCUGCUGGGGGUGAUCGGGAACUCCCUCGUGAUCCACGUGAUCAUCAAGUUCAAAAGCAUGCGCACAGUGACGAACUUCUUCAUCGCCAACCUGGCUGUGGCUGACCUGCUGGUGAACACGUUGUGCCUGCCCUUCACUUUGGUUUACACGCUGUUGGGCGAAUGGAAACUGGGCCCGGUCUUGUGCCACCUGGUGCCUUAUGCCCAGGCUCUUGCCGUGCAUGUGUCUACUGUUACCUUGACUGUGAUCGCUUUGGAUCGGCACCGCUGCAUCGUCUACCACUUGGAAAGCAAAAUAUCUAAGCGGAUCAGCUUCCUGAUUAUAGGAGUUGCCUGGGCAGUCAGCGCUCUGUUGGCAAGUCCUCUGGCCAUCUUCCGUGAGUACUCAUUGAUUGAGAUCAUUCCUGACUUCAAGAUCGUGGUCUGCUCUGAGAAGUGGCCAGGGGAGGGGCAGCUCAACUACGGCACCAUCUACAGCAUCUCCAUGCUCCUGAUCCAGUAUGUGCUGCCGCUGGCAGUCAUCUCCUAUGCCUACACCUGUAUUUGGACCAAGCUCAAGAACCACGUUAGUCCUGGGGCGGGGAAUGACCACUACCACCACCGGCGGCGGAAAACCACCAAGAUGCUGGUGUGUGUGGUUGUGGUGUUUGCUGUCAGCUGGCUGCCAUUUCACACCUUCCAGCUAGUCAGUGACAUUGACAGUCAGGUGUUAGACCUGAAAGAGUACAAACUCAUCUACACAGUGUUUCAUGUCAUUGCCAUGUGCUCGACAUUUGCUAACCCCCUUCUCUAUGGCUGGAUGAAUAACAACUACAGGACGGCCUUCCUCAUGGCCUUCCAGUGUGAACAGCGGCUGGACUCCAUCCACCCUGAAGUAUCAGCGGCUUUCAAAGCCAGGAAGAAACUAGAAGCAAAGAGGAUUCAAUUCCCUGGAGACUCUUUCACACAACCUACCAAUGUCUAAGAUGGCUGACUUUAAAGAAGAAACGAAUACGUUGUGGACAAAGGGAUAUAUCCGUUUUGACACGUGCAUUUUUAAUGCAUAAUUUUAUUCAUAAAUGGUGAAAGAAAAGUAGCAGGUAUGAUUUGAGGGGAGUUGAUUGGCAUCAAGAGUAUGUAAUUGUUACAACUGCAAGGAAAUAGAAGGGAGCGACUUUGUUUAUGGCCGUCUCUAACAGGGCAAGAGACGCUCCCAUCCCUCCCAUCUCUUUUUAACAAGUCUGAAUGCCAAAGGCAGAGUUUGCUGGUUUUGCUAUAGGAAGGCAAACAGCUGAUUUGUAGCACAGGAGUAUUGCUGGUGGGAGCAGGUAAUUUUUAUAUUGGGUAUGGAGAUCAGGGAGAGCAGAAGUCUGCCAGGAGAAUGAAGCCUGUCUGGGGGGAAUGGACUGUGCUGGUUAAAUCUCAAAUUUUUCAGACCCCUUCUCUCCCACAGGCAUCUUUUGCAAAGAUAAGGGAAUUAAGAAGAGAAAUAUGCUUCUGGUUUUUGACUUGUACUGAAGUACUUCAGACCACAGCAUUUGAGAUGUAUUAGGGCAAAAAAAAAAGAAAAGAGAAAAGGAAAACACCCCCCACCCAAACAACAGAUUCAAUGUGAAGAAAGGUCAACUUUCCACAUAAAAUUAAAUGUGCAUUUUCGUCAGUCAAAUGGGGAAAAAAGUCAUUCCUUAAGAAUUGGCUGUGGUUAUGCUGGUGAGAAAAUCACGAGCCUGUGACCUGAUCAGUAAUCCCCUUCCGUAUCCCUACCUUUCAUUCUGUGCUGGGAAUAGCUCGCAAACGCAGUGCUUUAAAGUGGCAUUUGAGGGCAGGGGAUGCAGGCUCAGGUCUUCUGUGAGCACUUCAUAAACUGCCAAUAUUUUCAUUUUCAGGACCUGCUUAAAUGUCUAACGUGUUAUUAACUCCACAGGCUUUGAAUUGUUGCUGCUUUCUCCCUGGAUAAUAAAACAGCAGAUAAUUUUGGUCCUCUGGAAAGGCUGCUAAAUGGUAAUGUGCUUUUCCUUAUUGUGAUUUUAUGUCACACACUCAUCUCGUCUUGGAGCUUUUUCCAUCUUUAGACUUUGUAAAAAUUAAGAACAUCUGAAUGACUGUAACCUAAUAACAGUAUGCUAGGUUUAUGUGAUAACUUAUCAGUUAUUCUGCAUGCGGUAGUUAAUAGUUAAAUUCCUUUUUUUGCUCAGGUAUAAAAUUUUAAUGUUUACUGUGUUGUACACAGCAAUGUUCAACUCUUCUGUGUCUUUGUUUAGCCUCUUUGAAGUCAUUAAAGAGACGAAGAAAUUUUCAA